CGUUGGUGAGGAAAAGAGUGUUCACAGUGUGGGGAGGACUCGGUUCCACCAGCAAGCCCACAUUGUCCCAGCUUUCAGCCAGAGAGAGGGAUGCAAAGCCAUUCAGGGCUGAAACCAGCUCACCGAGAUCCAUGAGGGAGCGUGUGGGCAGGUGGCCCAAAGCACGGGUGCAGCGGAGAAGGCGGUGAAGCAGCUGUAUGCGAGGCAGCAGCAUGCAGCGAUCUGCAGAGGGGGUAAAACCGGCAGCAAUAAGCCCAGGAAACUGCUGUAUGCAAAUCUACCUGAGCUGUUUGAUGAGCAGACAUGAUGAGGUUGUUGCUAUUGUGGGUCAAGGUGCUUUUGGAAGAGUCGUGGAAUGCAUUGAUCACAAAGCGAAACUGCUGUAUGCAAAUUUACCUGAGCUGUUUGAUGAGCAGACAUGGCUGUCACGCUGCAUACUGAUGUAGGAGAUAUUAAACUGGAACUAUUCUGUGAGCGUACACCAAAGACUUGCGAAAAUUUCCUGGCUCUUUGUGCUAGUAACUACUACAAUGGAUGCAUAUUUCACCGGAAUAUAAAGGGAUUCAUGGUUCAGACUGGGGAUCCAUUAGGCACUGGGAAAGGCGGUAACAGCAUCUGGGGCAAGAAGUUUGAAGACGAAUUCAGUGAAUACCUAAAGCACAGUGUCCGUGGGGUGGUUUCAAUGGCAAACAAUGGUCCAAAUACCAAUGGAUCGCAGUUCUUCAUCACUUACGGCAAGCAACCGCACCUCGACAUGAAGUACACUGUGUUUGGCAAAGUUAUUGAUGGCUUGGAGACCCUGGAUGAGCUGGAGAAGCUGCCUGUGAAUGAGAAAACCUACAGACCUCUUAAUGAUGUUCGCAUUAAAGACAUUACAAUUCAUGCCAACCCUUUUGCUUUGUAGCCGCAGAGUGCCUUGACACAUUCUGUAGGGACAGAUCAGAUUGACUGCUGGAUUAUGGGGUUUAAAGUAUCUUUCAAAAGGGUAACCUGAGAUGGAUCAUACCUUUGCUCAUUGAAUGCAGGAUUUUCAGGAGCUGUGACAUUGUUUAGGAGUUGUCACAGAGGAGUCUUGUGUUUUAGAAGCCAGUUUUUCCAGAGUAUCUUCCAGGACUUUGAUUUUUAAACAUUGCUUUUUCUACUUGUAAAAUAAAAAAAGAUGUGAAAAGAUAA